GUGGUUACUAUAGUUACUAAAAUAAUUGACAGUAAUAACAAAAAUGAAUAUAUUCAAUAUAUUCAUUUAAAUAACCGAAUUUCUAAUUAAAUAUCUAAGAGAGAUACUUACCAUUAUUUGAUGAGCAAAAAUUACGACUAAAGAAAUAUUUAUACGUACUAAGAAGAUAAAAGUUUUAAAAUUUCUUGACGAAUUUUAAGCAUAUAAGGUCUAUAAGAGAAUGACAACGUACAUGAAAUAAGGGAAUAAUCGAUAAUGAAGUUAUGUUGUAACGGUUUCAAUUUAUUUGGACAACUACAGGUUCAAGCACCAAUUAUUUAUGAAUUCACCCCAGUAUUUCAAUUUGAGGUUAUAAACAAGAUAUUCAUAAACCAGACUUACUCCCUUUUGGUUACCAACGAUAAAAGUUUAAUUUACUACAAAAAGGGGGUAGUAGACAUAACAUCAGUAAUUGGAAAAGAUUUUUUAAAAAUAACUUGUAGUGAUGAUAGAAUUUUAUUUAUAGAUGAAACGAAGCAAGUGAACAUUAUAGAACUAGGAAAUUUCAUGAAUAAAAGAAUAAUUUACGAAAAAUGCGUCAAGAAUAUUAGUAUCGGUUCUAAAAUAACUAUUUUGUAUACGUUAGAUGGUGGAUUAAUUAAUGUACCACAACCCCUUAAUUUUCAUUGUAAUAGAAUAUGCGAUAUAAAAAGUGGCAAAGAACAUUGUUUAUUGUUAGACGAAGAAGGCAAUGUAUACUCCAUGGGGGCAGGAAGUCGGGGACAAUUAGGUCAUGGAAAAUUAGACUAUGAACCAAAUCCAUUAUUGAUAGAAGCACUAGCCGGGAUUAAAAUAAAGAAAAUUGCAACUGGUGGCUGGCAUUCUUGUGCCGUUAGUCAAGAUGGUGACCUGUAUGUUUGGGGUUGGAAUAGCAAUGGUCAGUUGGGAUUAGGAAAAAAGAAUGAUGAGGCUGGUUAUGUAUCUACCAUGGCAACACCACAUGUAGUCGAUUUUUUUGAUGAUACAUUAAAUUGUUUACUAGUAUCUUGCGGCAGUAGGCACACUAUUAUAUUUUUAGGUAACAGACACUUUAGUGAGGAUAUUUCCAUUUUUAAUGUAAGGCUAUUAGGUACUUUUAUCAUAUUUUUAAACCUAGAAGGACAUUUUAGGAUCUCCACGUGUCCCAGCCACCUUAAACACGCCUCCCGGAUUAACACUAACAAAUCUAGCUCGCCAUACAUCAGCAGCAGCAGUAUGUAAAUACUGAACCGGUUAUUGUCUUUUAAAUUGUGAGCUUCGACCUUCGUGAUAGCCCUCCAAACUUUAUCGUUCUCUAGAUUGCUCAGAUGUAUCUGUUCCCUGCAGCAACUCUCGUUGCCACGUCAUUAUCUUCAGUUAUUAAGACCCCAAGAUAUUUGAAUUGACGACAAACGUGAGAUGAACUGUUCACUGAAGACGGCUCUUAAUUUGGUUAUUGUUUCGCGUGCCGUGUGGCACCGUGUUGUUGAAACCACAUGUCCGGCAUGACUUAUUCUUCCAUUUUGUACAAAAAAAAAUCUUCAAUUAUCACACGGUAGCGCUCGCCUUUCACAGUACUGUUCCGGCCAUCGUCGCUUUUGAUUAUGCCACCAGUCUUCACUCCAGAUACGGAAAUUUUGCUUGUUGACGUAUCAAUUCAACCAUGAUCUCCCUUCAACUUUGCCAGCGCCCAUUCACCAAAUGUUAUACGUUGUGGGAGAUCGUGUGGCUUCAAUUCUUGCACCAGCCGUAUCUUUCCACGUAGUGAAGUAAUAGAGGCCCAAUUGCUGCGAAUGGCGGCAAUCGACAUUUCACGGUCAUCAGAAGCACUGUACGUUUGCGUGUUAGUGGUUUAUUGUCCAAUAGUAUAAACUGGGAUCGAAAUUUAAUCACAAGCUUUCGAAUAGUUUCCUCAGUAGGUCGACCAAACUGCCCAUAAAAUGGAAGUGCGCGAUGCACUCUUUUAACUGAGCAUGAAUUUUGAUAGUAAAAUUCAAUAAUUAGCAAGCGUUGUUCGUUCGUAAGUCGAUUCAUGAUUAAAUUAUAGACCAAAUUGAGCAAGUUUGACAAUGACACAAGACACGAUUCACGCGUGAUGUGUCAAAAACAGUGCUGCCAUAAAUAUACCAUCAAAAAAAAUUUGCAGCUUUCCGUUUUUCUUUUCCUUCGUAUAAUAAGUAUUUUUCAUGAAAUUAAUCAGUUUUGUAAUCUUUUUUGUGUAGAUAAUCGACAAUUGUAUGGUUGCGGAUGGAACAAAUACCAUCAACUUCGUAAAGAAGACAAUGAAAAUUAUUACGAAUUAACUCACCUUCAUAAUUUCGAAAAUGAUAAUGUUCUCGAUCUACAGUGUGGACCGUGGAAUUCUGCAGUACUAUGCAAAUAAUAUUUCAGUGAAAUUUUGUAAUGAUUUGUUUUAUUUUAAUUAAAUUCUUUCCAAUACUUCAAA